GUCGCUGACAGCCGCGGCGCUGCGAGCUGCUGCUGCUCCUCGGCUCCUGCUGGCCUUCUCCCGGCUCAGGCAGGACUCCCGGGAUAUAUUUCAAAAUUAACCAGUUUCAGCCAAGCCGAAGCCUUCUGUCUUCCUCACAGAACAGAUCCAGCUUAGCUGAAGCCACCGCAGAUUACCAGUCAUCAUGGUGAAAGGCACCGUGAGCUGCUGGCUCCUGGUUCUCGUUGUGGCCGCCUGCAGCGACAUGGGGCUCUGCAAGAAGCGGCCGAAGCCGGGAAGCGGAUGGAACACUGGGGGAAGCCGAUACCCGGGCCAGGGGAGCCCUGGAGGCAACCGCUACCCACCUCAGGGUGGUGGCGGCUGGGGGCAGCCACAUGGUGGUGGGGGCGGCGGCUGGGGGCAGCCACAUGGUGGUGGGGGCGGCGGCUGGGGGCAGCCACAUGGUGGUGGGGGCGGCGGCUGGGGGCAGCCACAUGGUGGUGGGGGCGGCGGCUGGGGGCAGCCACAUGGUGGUGGUGGUGGCGGCUGGGGACAGGGUGGCAGCCACAGCCAGUGGAACAAGCCCAGUAAGCCGAAGACCAAUGCAAAGCAAAUGUUGGGGGCAGCAGCGGCUGGUGCAGUGGUGGGGGGCCUUGGGGGCUACGUGGUGGGGAGUGCCAUGAGCAGGCCUCUCAUGCAUUUUGGGAAUGAUUAUGAGGACCGCUACUACCGUGAAAACAUGCACCGCUACCCCAACCAAGUGUACUACAGGCCCGUGCAGGAGUACAACAACCAGAACAACUUUGUGCACGACUGCGUCAACAUCACCGUCAAGCACCACACCACCACCACCACCACCAAGGGGGAGAACUUCACCGAGACCGAUGUCAAGAUCAUGGAGCGCGUCGUCGAGCAAAUGUGCGUCACCCAGUACCAGCAGGCGUCCCUGGACUACCAGAGAGGGCUGCGAGGGACGAGCAUCGUCUUCUUCUCCUCCCCGCCCAUGAUCCUUCUCAUCUCCUUCCUCAUCUUCCUCAUUGUGGGAUGAGUGAAGGUCUUCACAGCGUUGCCAUCUUGGGAAGGCGGGGAUCUAUCUACCUGCAGCCGUUAGCCGUGGUGUCUCAUUCUUGCUUCUCUCGUUGUUACCCGUGAGUAUAAUAAUCUGGCCAUUGAUGGGCACUUGGAAAGGUGGAGUGGCCCCAGAGGUGAUUUCUCACAGCUCCCCCACCCCACCCCACCCCCAGGGACAGCCAGUGCUAAAGAAGAACAGCAAGUGGUCAUUUGUUAGCCUAGGCUUGCUUUGCUUUGCUAAUUGUCUAAUAGGAGAGAGAGAGGCUGGAACAAAUCCCAGCGCCAUCUUCACAUGCCUUUGUUUGAAGAGCUCCAUCCACCUCCCUCCCGAGCUGGAGCCCCACACAAAUGCCAAGUCACGAUUUGGAGAGAUGUUCCCCAUCUUUAAGAGAGUCUCACGGCAUGUCCCCAAUCAAACAGCAUUUCUGCCAAAUCUGGAAGAAGGCCACAUGAUACUCAUUGAAAACCCAAAUACGAGAAAUCCCUAGCUCUGGGCCGGAGAGCAGGUGCCCGGAGCCUGCAGAGAACUGGAAGCUGGCAUAGGCUGCGCAGCCCUCUGAGCAGCAAGAGUCAAUCGAACCUGGCCAAGGGCUGUUUCCCCAGGGAGUGAGCAUACGAGGGACACAUGAAUGGAAAGGCUCCCGGACAGAAAAAUGACCAGCGUUGGGCAGUAGCGUGCUGAGAGGGCUGGAGGGAGUGCUUUAGAGCCUCAUUGCCCAGAGCAAUUUAAUGAACUUUCAAAAAAAUUAAGGCCACAAAAAUUGGAUCUAUCCCAUCCUGUACACCGAAGGCAGGUCUUUGUUCACUCACCUGGAUUCUGGAAUAUGCAGCAUGGCGUGGGGGAAACCUGGAGAUUUUACCAUAGAGGAAGCUUCAGCUGUGAACACGGGGUUCUCAGAGAGGGAGGAAUGUGUAAGGAAGGAAUCGGCAGGGUUAAAAGGAGAGCAGAGCUUGCAUUCUUUAGGGUUAUCUCAUCACUGCCCAGGUGAGAAAUAGACCAAGUCCUUAGUGGCUAUAAUUGGCUUUUGAACCAGAGAAUGGGGAGAAAGAAAAAAAUGGGCUUAUGUUUGGAGAUGACAUGGGUAUAGUCCAUUCCAAGUGGAAAAGGAACUUAUGAUUUACAGGCAAAAGUAUUCCCUUUAUGGUUCCAUGUUAUCACCUAGCAGGUAUGUAUCACUAGCCUGUGCUCUGAUUGGCUUGCACUGUGUAGGUACUCAGUGUAAAACAGAAAAUGUGUGUGUGUGUGUGUGUAUAUAUAUAUUGUGAGUGAUGAAUUUUAAAAGUUCUGUUCAGAGUAGCUAAACAUCUAAAGUAUCUAACGUAUUAACUUUUUUGUAAAAUAUUCAAUACUCCAUAUGUGGGAAAUCCUUCUGCGCGUACAAUAUGCACUGAAUAGUUUUGUAUAAGAAUCCUUAAGGGACACCAUUCACUGGUCUUUGAAAUGUGCAUGCACUUAAGAUCUUUUCUAUAUUUGUAACACUGCAUGUACUUGUUUUAGUAUAUAGAAAGUUUAUAAAUGUUUACUAUGACUAACAUUAAAUGGGAGCUAAGACGAGAA